CCCCUUAUAUCUUCAUCCUUUCAAUACUUGAAAAUCCAUAAAAACGCACUCCAUUUGGAAUGUUAAUACUCAUUUUUUGUGGAUGGUCAUGCGAACAUUUAUAAAUUGUUUAUUAAAAUUUAUAAAUUGGCUAUCGGCAAGUUUAGAAAAUACUCCAAUAUCUUUAUGGCAAUUGACCUUUCUUUCGCGAGACGACUUUUUAUUAUCUCAACUCCGCGAGCUGGUGGAGAUAUUUUUUUAAUCAAUGGCAGGAACUAAUCGAAAGUGCAAUUCACUUCAUCACUUGAUCAUCAAAGGCAGUGGGAUGCCAAUCUCCUUUGCUCUCUGGAAAAAACAUCCGUCGUAGAAUGCCUUAGUCAUAUCUCGACCGUUGAGUGCUACAGAGGAUCUGCAAGAUAGUUCGCGAAAAAUCAUCCUAACAUCAAAAUCGGCAGAUCGGCAACUGAAUAACGAUAAAAUGGAGCAGAAUUUGAUUCUAACUCGUGAUACUGGGAGAUUGACAUUGGAUCAGCGUAGAUUCUACGAGACGAGUGGUUACUUGGUGAUCCCUAAACUAGUGCCUCAGGAGGCGCUCGAUAAAUUCAGUCAGAGGUUCGAUGAUAUUGUUGCGGGGAAAGUUGAACAUGGCAUGAUGACAGUGAUGAAAGACGUGGUAGAUCGAUCAUCGGUCAAUAAGAUCCAGGAUAUCAACCACGACGAGGUUUUUCGCUCUUAUAUCGAGGAUAAUAAACUCCUGAACAUCGUCGAGUGCUUCACCGGGGCAAAUAUCAUGGCGAUCCAUUCCAUGCUGAUCGCCAAGCCUCCGGAUGUUGGGGCCGGGAGCACCAGACACCCACCGCAUCAGGAUCUGUACUACUUCCCCAUUCGUCCAGAGAAUAGAAUUGUAGCAACGUGGACAGCCAUCGAGCCCUGCGAUACGAAAAACGGUUGUUUAUUCGUUGCCCCUGGGAGUCAUCUCCAGAGAAAACUCUAUCCGCACGGCUAUCCCCUGGAUCAAAUUGCCAAUAAAAUGUAUUUUGGUAUUCAGGAUCUAUCGGAAUCCAUUGGCUGGAUAGACCUUGAAAUGGAGGCUGGUGACACAGUUUUCUUCCAUCCACUCCUGAUUCACGGAUCCGGUGUGAACAAAUCGAAUCGCACGAGAAAAGCAAUUUCCUGUCACUACGCAGCUGCGGAAUGCAACUACAUCGAGGUCACUGGAACUGUUCAAGAAAAAAUAGAGAAAGAAGUUCUUGAGAUCACAGCUAGACGUUACCCAGGGCUCCAACUUAGCUAUCAGGAUUACUGGCGGUUCAAGUCCACUAUCGCACGGGGGUUGAAAUGUAAUCUUUAAAAUUGAGCUCAACUCUGAGAGGCGAGGAUGAAUCGAUAAAAAUCAAUUUGACAAUCUAUAAAACAUCGAUGAUAUAAAUUAGUCAAAAUAAGUAAAUUGAUAAAUAAUUCGAUAUAAAAACCUAUCCUAUUUGAUAUGAAAAAUCAGUGGAGAAAAAAAACAUUAAAUAAAACGAUUUAAC